AUGGAUUUUGGGGAUUCUGAUGGCGGGGGCUUUGGCGGGGAGCAAUCGUCAAAGCCUCGAGCUCUCCCAGCUGAUCUCCCAAAGUCUCUAGAUGACCGUAGAAUUGUAUCGACAGAGCUAGUCCCUGAGACUGAGAUGUAUGAUGGCUGGCAAGGUCAAUCCCAGUUCUUGACAAGCCCGAUGCUUGCGAAGCCGCUGCAGUUUAGCAACCUAACGCUGGACGAUCCUAACUACGAUCAAGACUUAACAAGUACCAUGCCCGAUAGCGAUACGCGACUGAUGCAGAUGCUCGCAGCGCAAGCUCAACACCAUGGAGGGGAGGCUUUUGGCGAUGUGGAUGCUAUUGCGACAGAUGAGAAACUUCCAGAUGAGGAGAAGACCUCUAUACUUCAAAAGGCCUUGAUCAUGUCUGCAAGCAAUGGCGACCUUGAUAACGUAAAAAAGAUACUUGGUGGGAAGGCAAGGUCGUUCGUUGAUAUCAAUGCGCCAGAUGAAGAGGGAACGCCAUCCUUGGUUUAUGCGAGUUGCUUUGGACACGAAACUGUAGUGCAGGCUCUCGUAGAUGCUGGGGUCGAUGUAGAUAAGCAGGAUCGCAACUAUUGGAGCCCCUUAAUGUGGGCAAUGACGAAUAGACAUAAGGGCAUUGCGAAAACACUCCUAGACAAUGGAGCGUCACCAGAAGCUAAGACUUCGUCUGGAAGAACAGCUUUUGAUUUUGUUCCACCCGAUAGCGAGAUGUCGUUCUACUUACACGACAACGGCUAUAGCCUUGGGAAUGCUGGGGUGACUGAUGACUUCUACAACCCUGGCUUCUCCCAAGAUAGGUUUGAAGAGGAGAUGGCCGAAAACGAAUUCCGUCGACGAAUGAUGAUGGAUAGCGCACGCGACCUAGAGGUUGAUUUGGGUAAUAUGGGAAUAGAUGACCAACCUGAGCCUGUGGACGAGUUCGAAGAGGAUCUGCAAGAAUUCGAUUGGAACCGGUGUUUGCAUGACCAAAUGUUCGUAUUUCAAGAGAGCGAUCUGGACAAGAUGCUCGAUAUGGUUAUUACCAACAUGCAACCUCAACGAUCACCUUCUCAGAAGCCUGUCCCAGCGAAUAUGAUCUUCCUCAGCGCGCGAUACGCCCACUACCAUUCUAGCCAUGAAUUAUUGGCUAAGUUACUCGUCACUGCUCAGGAUAAAAUUAAUGAAGUCGUCGAAGCCCAUCAAUGGGAUAUGACCAUUUUGGCUUUUUGGAUGUCCAAUGCCACCCUACUAUUACACUACCUAAAGAAAGAUGCCGGCUUAGUCGAGGCGACAACAGAGUUUCAAGCACAGCUUGCAGAACUCGUCAACGAGAUUUUCAUUCUUAUUGUAAGAGAUGCCGAAAGACGGUUAGAUAAAGUUCUGGACGCCGCGAUGCUUGACCAUGAGACUAUACCCGGGCUUGAAGAUGUCACUUUCCAACACGAGUGGAAAUUAUUCAAGAGGAAAAAGGAGGUUAAAGAAGAGCCCCUAGAGAAGCGACUACGCCCCCCUUCUCCGAAGCAGCGCGCCAAGCCCGCCCCUCGAAAUGUAACAUCCCUUCUAUCAUCUACUUUAUUCGUUCUCGACCUAUAUGAUAUUCAUUCAGUAAUCACAUCUCAAAUCAUAUCUCAACUACUCUACUGGAUCGGCGCGGAACUCUUUAAUCGGAUUAUGAAUAACAGAAAAUACCUCGCAAGAACAAAGGCGAUGCAGAUUAGGAUGAAUGUUUCGGUUCUGGAGGAUUGGGCUCGAUCUAAUAACAGACAACCCGAACACUAUGAACAUGGAGAGAUGGUCUCAUCCGGAGAAACAACAAUGGAAGCAGCACGUAAACAUCUAGCUCCCGUCGUGCAGCUUCUUCAGUGGUUACAGUGUUUUUCAUCUUUAGAUUCAGAGAAUCUAGAAGCUUUAAUCGGGACGCUCCAACAACUUAAGCGACUAAGUUCGCAGCAGUUGAUAUACGCUGCUAAAAAUUAUCGGCUAGAAGUAGGAGAAAAGGGGUUGCCUAAGAGCGCGAUGAAAUAUCUCGACGCAAUUCGGAAAGAGGCCGCGCUCAGAAGAGAUCGUAGGAGAACGGCGUCGCCAAUGCCCAGCGCACCAUCGACGCCUAUUAGGAAUACGUAUAAUGGUCAUAAUGCGGAAACACCGGGAAGCAUACAAGGCACACCAAACCCAGAACAAGACGAUGACGACGACAUACCAGACGGGAUCAAUCUCGAUCCGUCCUUGAUGUUACCAUUUACACUGCCAACAGUCACGGACAUGCUUAUUUCUUACGGCGCCGGAUUUGGAGGAGUCAAUAGGGAGCGAGAGAGAAAGUACAUUCCAACGAUUUCACCAGAGUUGCUCGAUAAGCUGGAAGUAAGCAGCAAUCCAAGCCGACCAAUAUUUGGUGAAAAGGAUUGGGAGAAUGAAGAAGUCUGA